AUGAGCCCACCUUCCAGCGAGCUGAGCUGGCUGUUAAGCGACGAGACUGAAGCACUCCUGGAACUUAUUGAGCUUGAAGAACAGUUCAUUGACUUGCAACCUGUCUGGUCUAAUACAUGGACACCAAUCAAUCAGACGAACAGCGCCAACGUGGCUCCUUCCUCGCCGUCAUCCUUGCAGCAGGAUGCCGAAGAAGAGGAGCCAUCAGCGUCCGCAAGCUAUCUUCGUCGCGCUGUUCUUGCCUCUGCGCAUCGGAUGUAUGAGACGAAAACAGCCAGAAAGCGGAAGUCUUUGACAGCUUCACCUCCAUACAUACGCAAGAGAGGAGCUGUCGGCGUCAGUUUAGAAGACGUUGACCAUCUCGCUGGACUGUCACAACACAAGGAAAGGCCGACCAAGAGACCUCGACUGACACGACAGCCCAAAGUUGCUCGACUGCAGAUCACCGACAGCUUAGUGCCUAUUCGCUCAAGCAGGCUCAACGCCACUUCUGCCUCUGAGAAACGCACAGCUUCGCAAGCUUUCGGCUCAGAGAUAGACAGUCGACCAAAGAAAAUGCUCGUUAUGAGAGGAGGGUCCAUCCCAGCUUGGCAGUCCGAUACUGACUCUGUCGCGAAAGCAAAGACGGAAAUUUUCGGAGAUCUCAACAGCGGCACUAGUACGAAGCUUCAUUCUAUUGACUUCGAGAACACCAUGCAAGCAGGGCAUGAAGAUUCAGAGGACCUCUUCGACAACGACGACACCUCUGUCGAGGAAUUUCUAGAAGCCGAGAAGGUACUCUUUGCCGAGUCAUCUGUUCCUCCCACCUCGUUUAGCGACACCCCAGCCAUGCCAAAUGUCGACGAGAAGCACAAAACUCUAGAUAAGCCGUCCCCCAGCAGCAGCACCGGACAGUCGCCCAUGAAACCCUUCAUGCGGCCCUUCGUCCCCCUCCCUUCUUCGCAGGACACCUCGCCAACCGGCUCAAUCGUCUCCCCUCUGCACCGCGCUCCUAUCUGUUUCCGCAUUGCCGAACCCCUACGCUACAUCUCAUUCACAUUCGGCUCUACGCCACCUGUGCCUGUGAAGGUGCUGAGUCUUGAAAUCUACGCGAUCUUGCACAGCAUCAGCAGCACAGACAACGAGACUUCCGGUACCAUGGAAAUCGUCCUUGCAGACAUUUUCUUCCCCCAUCGACCACCUUACCUCAGGGCCACGACCAGGAAAAUGACCAUUAUCCAUGCAAUCGGCCAGAAACACAAAUCCCCGUCUUCGCAAUUGUUGAAAGCGCUACAGGGCAACCUCGUCUGCCUUAUCCUCCAGGUGACUCCCCGCUCGGACACCCUGCCGGCUACGGUGCCCGGAAGCCCAAUCCCGCCAACCACACCGCUAGCCGGGAAAUAUACAAUCACCGUGCUGAGGAUCGAGCACACUGACUGGGAUGAAAUUCGGCGGACGAAGGACAUCCUCGACCGGAAGUGCCCCUAG